UGCCACAAUUACUCCAUUAUAUUAUAUAAACCACACCAAUCAUUCUACUCAACUACAACACCAUAACCUUGCCUUGCCCUCGAUUGCCGGCAGCUAAACUUUAAUUUCUAUUCUUUCCCUCUCUAUAACAAAGCAGCUAGGCGAAUAAGAAGAAGAAGAAGAAGCUACGUCCAGAAGCAAAUUAAUAAGCUAAGAUGCCUUGCCUUUACAUCUCUACCAACGUCAACCUCGCCGGUGUUGAUGCCGAUCCCAUCUUCUCCGAGGCCACCAAAGCUGUAGCUACCAUCAUCGGAAAACCUGAACAUUUUGUGAUGGUGAUACUGAAGGGAUCGCUGGCAAUAUCUUUUAAUGGGAACAAAGAACCAGCUGCAUAUGCUGAGAUAGUGUCUAUGGGUGGGAUUAACAGAGAGGUGAAGAGAAAUCUGAUUGCUAGUUUAGGCACUAUUCUUGAGAGCAAAUUAUCUAUCCCCAGGACCCGUUUUAAAGUUUUUGACACCACUGGUGGGCGUAACUCCUCUUCCAAAUUAUAAUGGAUUUUUAUUUGCUAAUAGUUGAAUAAACAAUUUCUCCGUGUAUCCUUUUAAAUUUAAGCACGAUUAAUAAUGCUUUUAUUAUGUCUGCAUUUGUCAAUGAUGUAUCUGAUUGGAGUUGGAUUUGUAUUUAACGUACAAAUCAAAUAUAAAAUGCAAAUACCCUUUUUGAUCACUUCA